AUGAGUGGCGACCAUUCCCGCGACCCCUGCCCGAUGGUUAUUGUUAAUGAUUUUGGUGGUGCGUUUGCCAUGGGUGCCAUUGGUGGCACUAUCUGGCACUCCGUCAAGGGCUUCCGCAACUCCCCCGUUGGCGAGCGCUGGCAAGGUGUCAAGUCUGCCGUCCGCUUGAGAGCUCCCACGUUGGGUGGUAACUUUGGCGCCUGGGGCGGUAUGUUCUCUUUCUUCGACUGCACUGUCAAGGCCGUGCGCAAGACCGAAGACCCCUGGAACUCUAUUAUCUCUGGGUUCUUGGUCGGCGGUGCCCUGGCUGUUCGUGGUGGCUGGAAACACAUGCGUAACAGCGCCAUCAUCUGCGGCUUCAUUCUCGCCGGUAUGGAGGGCGCCGGUAUUGCCAUGUCCCGUAUGAUGGCCGAGAACCCCGUUGCUCCCGCGCUCCCAGAGGCUCCGUUGGCUGCUGCCUAA